UUAGACCAUCUACCUCCUCAUGAGGUACGGUAGAUCAAUGGGAAUCUGUAACUCGUACCUUACUAUAUGUAUGUAUCGUACACACCAUACGUACGAUACCAGUUACCAGUAAAGGGCUGAUCAGUAACGUAUGUAUCUGUACUUGUACUAUCAGUACAGCUACUCGUACCGGUACGAUCGCAAAUCUUGUUUGGUACGGAUAUGUUGUCAUUUCACCAAUAGCCAAUCCGAGCAGAUCAUCAGCUUACCGGCACAAUCCGAAUCAGGAUGACGGAUACAAGAUCGUCAGGGCUCCAUCGGCAUCGGCUGCGACGCAAAGCCCCGCGUUCGGURGUGCUUGUCGACAAAGCGUUCGUUAUCGCCAUUGGUUUAGGAGCGAUCUUUUCCACGGAUUUGAAGCCGUGGGCCGUUGUUCCUUUUUCCAUAAAAUGCAAGUCGCGUUCGUCACCCUCCCGUUAUGCGUCCGCGUUUGUCGUCCGCAGUAGAAAUUCCAAGGGCAAUUCGAAAAGAAAUUCUGACAAUAGGUACUCCAAGAAGAUUCCAUGGCCGAUAUCUUUCGACGACACCCCGGUGGUCUCGCUCGCUGCGACGGAAUCUGACUGCCCCAGCAGCCACGGCCCRCCGCUCUUGUCGAAACGGCUGGAGGGACUAGAUGCACCCACCGUGUGGCACGAAUUYUCGCCGCUUUCUGCCGAACACCAAUCCAUCAAUCUGGGCCAGGGAUUUCCCGAUUGGGACCCACCGAAGUUUCUCAUCGAAGAAUUGAAGCGAUCCACAGAUCCGGAAUAUGAACGAGUUUCUCAUAGCAACGAUACCGCAAGCUUAACCGAAACGCUGCCAAUCCAAACAGCCAACCAAUAUGCACGGUCCUAUGCCCACCUUCCMUUGGCCACCGCCCUCCGCAACGAUUACGCAAACUACCAGUGGAGGGACAGCGACCUUCCUGCCAGCACGCUGGAGAGYUUAGACGCGGCCUCGAACGUGGCGACGGCCACUGGGGUCACGAACGUUCUCUAUUGCGCCCUGCAGGGAUUGAUCGAUCCCGGGGACGAGGUUCUGCUGMUGGAACCCUUUUUUGACAUAUAUUCGAGCCAGGUAGCACUGGCCGGUGGGAAAUGUGUCUACUGUCCCCUAAGGUCUGUGCCGCUCGGUGUUGCCACAGACCCGAAGAGCACGGGAGACAACGCGCUGAUCGGUGCCUCGGAAUUCUUCAAGCUCGAUUUGGAGGAACUCGCCUCCAAGAUCWCYCCUCGUACCAAGGUGCUGAUUCUCAACACACCCCACAAUCCCACCGGGAAAAUAUUCUCCAGGACCGAGCUGGAAGGGAUCGCUGACCUUGUCGCAUCGCACCCAAAUCUUGUGGUGAUAUCGGACGAGGUCUACCAGCACAUUGUAUUUGAUGGAUGCGGUGAUGGCGAAGGCAAUCCAUCUUCUGAAAACGGCAACCGGCAACGAUUGCCACACAUUUCGAUAGCGACUGUAAACCGUGGUAAGAUCUGGAACCAAACCCUGACCAUGUCUUCCGCGGGUAAGACGUUUUCGUGCACCGGGUGGAAGGUGGGAUGGGCCAUCGGGCCAUCGCAUCUCAUCAAGGCCGUCACGGCGAUUCAGCAGUGGUGAGUGUMUGUURUAGAAAUCUCGCUUGCUCCGAUGCCUUUUUUGUUUUUCUAUUUUUAUUUUUAUUGAAUUGCGUUGUUUGGUCAAUGAUUCUAUCUGUCCACGGGAUAUCUUAGUCUUGUUUCGGUGCUCCACUYCUGUCACAUCCAACAUGAAAUUCCAUUCUUACCCAAGCCUUUUUUGUUUAUUUCGUUUCAUUUCUUGCAGGUGCAAUUUUUCUCCCGUCACUCCUACCCAGGAUGCUAUCGCUCGUGCCUUGGUGCUGGCACGCAAGCCCUACCAAGRUUACAAUUCCUACUACGAAUGGCUGGCAGCCGAUUAUGGCCGAAAGCGUAGCAUCCUGAUCGAUGCGCUGGAAAAUGCCGGAAGCAUACCAGGGAAUGGCAGCGAUGAAAAAAGCAAUCUUCAGCAAGAAAAAAGAAACAACAACAGGGAGAAAAUCUUCCGGGCCGUGGUCCCCGAUGGUGGAUUUUUCAUCAUGGCCGACACAUCCGGGAUUGAUUUUCCGUACGAGGAAAUUGCAGCGACGCAGGUCACGUCCGCAACCCCUCGUAUGGUGGUUCCAUCYAGCGGUGGCGACAGUGACCAACCGCCCACAACAAAAAUGCCACGUGACUGGGCUUUGAGUCGAUGGCUGACCACUGAUGUAGGAGUCACAGCGAUUCCUCCCUGUGCCUUUUAUGGCCCCGAUCACCUCCACCUCGCUUCCGACAUGCUACGCUUUGCAUUUUGUAAGAACGAGGACACAUUGAUGGAAGCUUCCAAGCGACUGAAAGUUCACUUUUCGGGGUCUGCCACCGAUUCUUCUCCUCACGUGGAGAAACAAAAUUGUGAUAGCGAAGCAUCAGCAACAAAAACGUCCGAAACCAGUCUAACCCAAGUGGUAGGCAGGAGUGAUACAAACGAUAACCUCUCGGAAGACCAACCGCAGGCAAAGCCAUGGACCAGUGCAAUASUUCGCAUCAGCUACGAUGGUUCCAAAUUCACAGGAUGGAGCGCCGCGAACAAAGGGAACAGCGGCAACAAUACGCAGAAGCGACGAAAGCACAGCCGGCGUCGUGGAUACGUAGAAGAACACGCAGGUCGCCUCCCCGCGGGCUUUGUCCGAUCGGUGGAAGGAGUCAUCAAAGAGAACCUGGCCAAGCUCUACGGGGACGUCGAUCCUAAUACGAGAAUCGUCGUGGAGGGGUGUUCCCGCACCGACAAGGGGGUGCACGCAACCUGCAUGAUCGCACAGGUUUAUUGCCUCAAGGAAGGCUUCUCUACGGCCAACGGGGGGAAGGUAUCAUCGCUCUCAGAAGCCAGGGAUGGAGCKGUAAUCGACGAAGACGAGGCCAUGAGCAGCAUAGUCGUCCCCGGCAAACGAAUACCUCACCCUUCGACGCCUACGGACAACUCGUGUUUCGAACCCCUUCCCAUGAACAGCAAUUUGUCCAGGAUUGCCUUUGCCUUUAAUCGAAUGCGGCCAUCCGACAUCCAGGUGACGGGGAUCGCCCCCACUCCCAAAAUKGUGCCGAGCGAACAGCAAGCAAGCCAGCCACAGGUUUUUCACGCAUCKCUCAGCAGCAAGUCCAAAACCUACGUAUAUCGUUUAUCAACAGGUUACCUCCCGGAUCCGACGCAGCGYAAAGCCACGUGGCAUGUCGGAUCAUCGAUGGCGGUGUCGUCCAACUCCUUCGAAGGACUCGACCUUGCUUCCAUCCGACAAGCUUGUGCGUUAUUGCUUGGGACCCAUGAUUUUUCUGCUUUUCAGGGUGCAGCACGGGGGGCGGAGGAAAAACGGAAACGCAUCAAACAGCAGCAGUCAAAAGAAGGCGGCAGCGAUGGCGAUGGUCUUUCUAACUCUAAGAAUUGCGUUUGUACGCUUUACGACCUUCGCAUCGAGUUACAGGAUCCUCUGGGAAUUCACAAUGACUUCUAUUUUCCCGGGAUGGAUCCACCCUUGCAGAACUAUAGAAUUUUGGUUCGGGGAGACCGUUUUCUGUACAAGAUGGUGCGCUUCCUAGUGGGUUCCCUCGUGGCGGUGGGGACUGGAAAGCUUCGGAUCGWAGAUAUCGAGCGAGCCAUUGUCACCGGAAGCUGGGUGGAGGAUGGCAAGCGAACCGAAUUCGAGUGCGCCCCGGCACAUGGUUUGACCUUGUCCCACGUAGACUACGGCGAAGAGCUGGCCUUCGAUUGGCAACCCCUCCGGGAUCCAAGCUGUGAACCGAGGAAUAAGAAACAUCGAUAGCCAAAUAUGGGCAGAACAAACCGACGAAACGCAUCCUUUGUCAUCAAUGUCUAGUGCCGAUGCAGAUUGGAUUGGAUUGGAUUUGUUAUCCGAGUAUCGUACUGCUCAACAACCGAGAUAUCGGAUAGGUGACAGAUCGCAAAAGAGUGCUUUUGAUAUGAAUCGCAUGCGUUUUGCCAGCGUUGUCCUGGACUGAAUGACGUAUUGUAAACUGGGAUCCAGCGCAUAUGGAUGAGCACUGACUGCCGAAAGGUUUGUUCAAUAAAAUUUAUCUCGUUCA